UCAGAUAAACAAUUAUGUAUUUUCCAAUUGGCUGGCCAAAAGCUAUUAACUUGGCUUUACCUGGAGAAAGUAAUAACAUAAAACAUAUAUGCUUUGAUGCCGUUAAAAUACUUUUGGCUGCAGCGGGAGCCGACUUUUUAGGGAUAUGGUACGCGAAUCCCUUGGUUCCUAUAGUCUACUGUCGUAGGAGUGUUGAGUCCGUCGUUAGCUAUGGGGAGAACAAGUUGAUUGUAUGGAAGCCCGAUUCGCGUCAGUUAAUAGUUCUCACGGCUGGUGGCGUAUUGAUUCUCUAUCAAGUCGAUUUCGAUGGGAACGGAAAUGGGAUAUUUCUGCAGAUGGAUUCGCCGAAUUACAGCUUAAAGCGGGACUCCGCUGAACUAUUUAUCAAGGAAAAUAUUCCAAAACUUAGUCUAAAGGAAAUUUGCAUUGUGCAACUUAGCACAAUUGUAACAACCGUGUGUUGUAUUAGUUUGACAGAACUUCUGGUCGCUACUGAACAUUGUGAACUUAUGCGAUUGCAGUGGAGUGAUUUGGAGUCUGAUGAAUUUGGAAAUAAAACAACUGUUGCGAAUGCUAUCAAUUUACGGCAAAUACAAUUUUACGUCAAUCAACAAUGCAGUCUGAAAUCUAUUCCACCUGUUAGUCCGGACUCUUUUGUCGCAGCCCUGGAGUACUCUCCGUUCAUAGGAGGCUGUGCUGCGGUAUUUAGUGAUAGGAGAGCAGCGUUCCUAAUUGCAAACCAUCUCAAAUUUGAAACGGCAAAUAUGCAUGGAUUUUGGAUACCAGAAAUUGAAGAUGCUACUUUUUGUAGCGUAAACCAUAAAUUCCGUUUGCUUGCAUAUGGUAGGGCAAAUGCGGACGUCUCGGUAUACGGCAUUGAAGAUGCAACGGGUGGUUUAGAGUUUUCACAUCGCCUUUCGUUAAACGCGACUGUUAUGCCUGGUACACUGGGUGCGGUGAAUGAGCUAAAAUGGAGCCCUGAUGGAUGUGUUUUGGCCGUGUCAUGGGAAAACGGGGGCAUUGCAUUGUGGAGUACUUUUGGGGCAUUAUUAAUGUCCUCGUUUUCUUGGGAUUUUGGCAUACAUGUGGAUCUAAUACAUGACAAUCCGUUGCGUGUCAGCAAAUUGGAAUGGUCCACUGAAGGCUAUCAACUUUUCUUGACUUGCAAAGGUAGAAAAAAUGAAGAGCAGACAAUGGAAGAGUCAUAUAGUAACGUGUGCCAACUUAGUUUUGUAAAGAGCGCAUUAACGAUGAAUCCAUGUAUGACGGCCCAUCCACAUAUUUUGUUGCAAGGCGACGAUACAUUAUAUCUGAACCAAGGAGAUAACUUGGAAAAAAUAUACUUUGGCGCAAAAUUCGUUUUUCCAAAUAAUAAAACAGAUACACAUACACAAUUGCCAAAUGAAAAAGAACCAGAUGACUGCUUGGAAAUAAAGAACACUGUCGAUAUAUCGAGUAUAUUGGCCGAAAGUAAAUACUGGACAGUUCUACAAUUACCUCAGACGUAUGUUGCAACUAACUGGCCGAUUCGCUAUUCUGCUAUAGAUGGCGAAGGCGUUCACGUAGCAGUUGCCGGCCGAACUGGGUUGGCACACUAUUCUAUGCCAACUAAAAAGUGGAAACUUUUCGGCAACGAAUCUCAAGAGAAAGAUUUCGUUGUAUCCGGUGGAUUAUUAUGGUGGAAGGGAUUUAUUGUCUGUGGCUGUUAUUCCCUUCUGGACCGAACGGAUGAAAUACGCUGCUAUCCCGAAGAAUGCAAAUUGGACAAUCAGUUUGGUAAUCGUAUACAAGUCAGGGCUCCAGUUAUAUCAUUGAAUAUGUUUCGCGAUCAACUAAUUGCUCUAACAGCAGAUGGUAUCGUCACAUUAUUUGCUUUGCGCAAGUGUGACGCAUAUACGCUGAAAGCUGAUUGUGUAUAUGAGGUGGAUGUCAAAAGUAUUUGUAUUCAUCCGGCGUGUAUAGUGUCACUGGCAGUAACUAAUUUACGCAAUGAUUUGACUGCCAAAUCGAUGGUGUCAGCAGGGAGUGGAGAAGCAGAAACUAUCGUAGUUAACGUAUGUGGUCGUAUACUAAUGAUUCAAAGAGAUAACAACAAUGCCGUUGUAAAUUCUUUGAUGGCAUCGUGCCUGGCAUCCUGCGUGGAAUGUUUCUGGUUAUCAACAUCAACUCAAGUUGGAAGCCCUAUGCGCGACUGUUUGUGGUUAUUUUCCGGUAUACAUGGAAUGAGGGUGUGGCUUCCAAUAUUGCCCCCAUCUACGGAACAAAGAAGAGACUCUUCUCAUCGACUUCAUACGUUCAUGUCAAAGCGUAUUAUGUUAUCCUUCCCAUUGAAGCUUUAUCCCUUGGUCAUAUUGUUUGAUAAUGUGAUUGUGCUGGGUGUGGAAAAUGAGACAAUACUGUACACAAACGAGUCGAAUUCUCAUUUUUCUUUACCAUUCUCACAACUUGAACGCAAAUCACAAGUCUAUUUGCACAAGAUUUUGAGGCAACUUAUUAAACGCAACUUAGGUUACAGUGCUUGGGAAAUUGCACAAUCUUGCAGACGUCUUCCGUAUUUCCCGCACUCUUUGGAACUAUUGUUGCACGAAGUUUUAGAGGAAGAAGCAACUAGCAAAGAACCCAUCCCCGACGCUCUAUUACCAAGCAUUUUGGAUUUUAUACGGGAGUUUCCUGUCUACUUGCAAACAAUUGUGCAGUGUGCACGAAAAACUGAAAUUGCCCUUUGGCCGUAUCUCUUCUCCAUGGCUGGGAAACCAAAGGACUUGUUUCAACAGUGCUUGGAAUCUGAGGAGCUAGUUACAGCUGCAAGUUAUUUAAUUAUAUUACAAAAUCUAGAGCCUUCCAUUAUAAGUAAACAGUAUGCUACUCUUCUCCUGGAAAUAGCACUGCAGCAUCGCAAUUGGGAACUGGCCAAAGAUCUGAUACGGUUUCUGAAGGCUAUUGACCCAAAUGAGAUUGAUUCGCCGCGUUCUUCAAUGGUGGUCAAUUUGAAAAUUGCCCCGCCCUCUCAAUCGCAGUCACAAGUCAAUCAGAAUCCCGAUGCUUUCAACUUAGUAUUGGGGCCAAUUGGUCGCGAACGUAGUUUCUCGACCACCGUGUUGGCGUCGAAUACAUUGAAAGAUAAGAAGGAUAAACAACCCUCAAAUUUUGCAGCUGGGGCUGCAAGUGAGAAUGUCCCAUCAAGUAAUAGCGGAUCUGUGGUAGUUGUUCGAAGGAAGUCGGAACGAAGUCACUCCACAAAAAAUGAAAAGCGAGAAACUUUCUGCAUUGAAGGUAUAUUGCAGAAGCACGCAAGGAAGCUUUUACAAAGCUGCAAACUGAUUGACUUAGGUUAUAUGAGUGCGUUUCUCGAUUUUCAUUUGGUUACGUGGUUGUCACAAGAAGCUGAAAAAGCAGCUCGCCUUGAAGACUAUGUCAAUGCAAUAACCCAGUUGCACGAAGAGUUAAAACUGCAAGCACCAGCUUCUUACCAAUCACCAUCGGAUUUCUCAGUGCAGGAAUUGGAAAAAAGAUAUAAUUUAGACAAGCACAUGCACGUUCCCAAUUCGUCAUGUCAGACAUCUGAAUCUGGAUAUUUUAGUCUAGCACUAAUGGAUACCCCAACCAGUACAAAUAAUGGCAACAUCACUCUCCACACCAACAUUCCGUCCAUUAACGAAAAUGAAGAACUGCAGUACCAAUCAGUGUCGCCCCAAAUCCAUAAUAGCAACGUCGAAUUCAACAAAUCACGUUCUAACUCUCAAACAUCACUAGAUCAUACGUUGUACAGACGUGCAUUUUCGGUUAGUGAUGAAAUGUCAUCUUCGUCCUUAACGCUUGGGCUUCACUGUAGCACAGAAAUUCCGCAGAAGAUUAUACCGGAGAAAUUAGCUAUAAAAUUGAGGUAUCUCUUGCAGCUGUUCAUCGAGGCGAAUUGUGUGGAUUUUGCACUGGUUUUGUCAAUAAUACUACAAGAUGCAUCCUCUAUCGGACGCAUAAUAAAUGUCCUCACAAGGUCAGAGUCAGUGGCGACAUGCUGUCGCAUACAGAAUGCGUUAAAACGCGCUGCCCUGUGGUCCUUCGAAAUGGAAUGUAUAUAUCGAUCGUUUAUGAUUUCUUUACAGCCGCAUAUCUAUCUUCUGGAUCAGUUUAUUCAAACAUCUACGUCCACAUUGCUUCCAGCUGCCACAUCUUUGACAUCUACCCAGACGAAUAUGAAUAAUAGUCGUAGUUCGGAAAACAGUGAUCCCAAUGAUGUUUCUAAAACAGGCGAUCAUCAGGCCGAAUGUUUACAGAGCAACCACAUUCAGCACAGCGGUGAAAGUGUCAGUGGCAAUUGGUCCUAUGAGGACAAACGUAAUAUAUUGUCUCGUCAAUUAAGUUCGGAUAGUGCUUUAAGCUCCACCGUUCAACGUCAAACACAACUUAAUAAUGCCAAUAUCAAAAAUUCCUCCCCAGGCACCGUAGACCAUAAUGAAUCCAGUGGUUGUGUAGUUAUGUAA